AUGUGUAACAAACGAUGUCCUUGUGAUUGUAAAGACCAUUGUCCGUAUACUUACAGUCCAGUGUGUGGGAAGGAUGGCAAAACACAUCAAUCAAAAUGCCAUGCGAAGUGCAAGAACAUCAAAAUAAUGUGUAACAAACGAUGUCCUUGUGAUUUAUUUCUCUUUCAUAAUGAGCAAUUCAAAUAUUACAGGAACAUCAAAAUAGUUUGUAACAAACGAUGUCCUUGUGAUUGUAAAGACCAUUGUCCGUAUACUUACAGUCCAGUGUGUGGGAAGGAUGGCAAAACACAUCAAUCAAAAUGCCAUGCGAAGUGCAAGUAA